AUGCCGGGUUGGGGAUCAAUACCGAGUAAUGAUGAUGGUGAACCAUCUGGUACAGCUGGCAAACCGAUACAUUCUGCAAUUGUUUCUUCGGGAUUAGACAGAGUCAUGGUUGUUGUAAUCAGGUAUUUUGGAGGAAUUAAACUUGGUACUGGCGGACUAGUUAGAGCUUAUGGAGGAACUGCUGCAGAAUGCUUGAGAAAUGCUCCUACGCAGCUUGUAAAAUCUAAGGUUUCUAUGGGUGUAGAGGUUCCUUUUGAUCUUUUAGGGGUUCUGUACCACCAGCUCCAAACUUAUAAAGUUGAAGACAUUAAACAGGAUUACGAUACAGGGAAAGGUGGAGUCACGAUGGUUACUUUCAAAGUUGAUUUUGACCGCAUGCAAAGUUUAGAGGAAGCUAUCAAAACUAAUUGCAGCCGGGAUAUUGCAAUUUUCAAGCGCUGAAAUAUUCUUAUGAGCUCACUCUCAAGGCAGCACGCUGUCUUUCAGAGAAUUGAGGCCAUGUUCUUUAUUCCUGAUUACAAGUUACUAUAGUUUUUUGGAGAUAGCACCCUCCUAGGUAGAUAUAUACAACAAUUUUUAUUUUAUUUGAUUUUAUUUUUUCUCUUUCUGUAUCCAAAUAUUUCCCGCAGAUUGGACAAGAAUAGUUUUUCGGUUAUAAUAGAACCAGAGAGUUUUAUACGAUUGACAA